UGCUCAGUAAGCCAAGCAAGGGCCCUCCGGUGCACAGCCCGCCCCCGCCGCGGAGGUGCCGGUGGAGCUCGAUAUCCGGCGAGUCUCCGCCUCGCUUUUGCAGCUAGGGGUGUGUUUCAGGGGGGAUUGGGGCAAACCAAGCAGGCGAGGACCCGGGCCUGUGCCGCUGUUUGCCUGUCCCUCAUCCCUCGGCACCAAGGCUACUCGAGCCCCAGGGUGUUUUUCCCUUGUUCCCGCCACCUCCUAGUCCCUGGCCCAACAUGAUACUGACCAAAGCUCAGUACGAGGAGAUAGCCCAGUGCCUAGUGUCUGUGCCGCCCACCAGGCAGAGCCUGAGGAAGCUGAAGCAGAGGUUUCCCAGUCAAUCGCAGGCCACUCUGCUGAGCAUCUUCUCCCAGGAGUACCAGAAACACAUUAAAAGAACACAUGGCAAACAUCAUACUUCAGAAGCAAUUGAAAGUUAUUACCAGAGGUACCUGAAUGGAGUGGUGAAAAAUGGAGCUGCCCCAGUGCUCCUGGACUUGGCCAAUGAGGUGGACUAUGCACCCUCAUUAAUGGCUCGGCUUAUACUGGAGAGGUUUCUACAGGAACAUGAGGAAACUGCACCCUCCAAGUCUGUUAUAAAUAGUAUGCUACGGGACCCUUCUCAGAUUCCAGAUGGAGUUCUAGCAAAUCAGGUCUAUCAGUGCAUUGUGAACGACUGCUGUUAUGGACCACUGGUGGACUGCAUCAAGCAUGCCAUUGGUCAUGAGCAUGAAGUCCUGCUGAGAGACUUACUUCUAGAGAAAAACCUGUCCUUCCUUGAUGAAGAUCAGCUCCGUGCAAAGGGUUAUGACAAAACACCAGACUUUAUUUUACAAGUACCAGUUGUAAUGCUUUGUCCCUUAGCUGUAGAAGGGCACAUAAUUCACUGGAUUGAAAGCAAAGCCUCAUUUGGUGAUGAAUGUAGCCACCACGCCUACCUGCAUGACCAGUUCUGGAGCUACUGGAAUAGAUUUGGGCCAGGCUUAGUCAUCUAUUGGUAUGGAUUUAUCCAGGAGCUGGACUGCAACCGGGAAAGGGGCAUCCUGCUCAAAGCCUGUUUCCCUACGAACAUUGUCACCUUAUGCCACAGCAUAGCUUGACCCUGAAGAUCCUGGAAGAGAAGCUGGGAGGAAAAGAGACCCAGCGUUGCAUUACCAUCAUGGAAUAAUCUAGCACAAACCUAGGAAAGCUGAAGCCACCUUUGCACUCACCUGCAGAGCUCCAGAAGACCUUGAUGGCAGCCCGCCCAUGCUGUGUGUUUGCUGUAUUCGAUCUUUACGGCUUCCUGACUUCUGUGACAGUAAGCCAAGCUGCAAAAAUACACUUGAUGAGAAUUU